GAUGGGAAGAUGGAAGCGAGCCUUGGUGCCUGCCAAAUCCUAGGACUGAAGAACCCAACCAGCUUCUUCCCCCAAUCCCCAAUCCGAUUCUGUGCUCCGUCCGUCGUCUUCUUUGCAGAUUCCCCUGAAUCGAUUUGGGUUUGCGUCUCAUCUCAUCCAGAUCGCCGCUCAAGAUGAGGAAGCUCCCCUACUGCCCUAGUUUUUUUUUCUUUACCAAUUUUGUUUCUCAAAUCUUCCCUUCCCUUUCCAAGUCGCGUGUAUAUCCUGCUGCAUGUUCUUCACAAAAUGGAAUUGUCUUAUGCCCAUCUUAUUGAGCAUCAGCGAUGUGGGUAAUCGAACUACCCCGAGCUAUCUUCUGAAGCUCGACGGUUUUUACUCUUCCAUCUGAUUGGUCUGGUUGCCUGGGCUUCCUCCCUUUACAGUUGAUGUGCUAUGACCGCCAAAUACUUGCUCAGUUUUGUGGUUGCUUCUUUUUGUUGUGUUCAAUUAGGGCUCGAAAUCAUGAAGUUAUAGCUGAAUGAAAUGAAACGCUUAGUGCAUUCUUGCUGAUGAUUUGGCUGUAUAUGUGUAUGGAUCCGAUAUCAUUGUACAGUUACCAUGACCACCUGACUUAGUGCUUCCGUCAUGAAAUUUUUUCAGUACCUUCUUUCUUUGCCUGACAAUCACUUUCAUUCCUUUGGCAGGUCCACAUCAACAUAAAACUAUUGACAUGUGUUUAGGCGAUGCAUAUCAUGAGGACCUGAUCCAGAUAUCCAGCAGAUCAAGAGCAGUUUCCUGCUUUCUUUCAGUCAAAUUCAUGUCUCAAGUUGAUUUCAUAUUUUCUCUUUUCCCGGCCACAUUGCUAUAAAGAAAGUGUCUCACAUUUGACAGAAUUAACUAUCCAUGUCUGACCAGCAAAGGCAUUCCGACAGCUACGGACUCCAUGCCACUCAGCCAGAUGUGCAAUGCCUAGUUUGCACAAGACCUUUUUCUUUGGACACUGAGAUUGCCGAUAGCUUUGAAGCUUUAGCGAUAUGCAGGGAGUGCAAGGUGACUGUGCUUAGUGACAAUUACAGGGAUGAGACUGCCAGAACUAAUAGACAAACAAGACGGUCAAGGCAAAGAUCCAGGGUCACAAGGGAUGAACCCAUGAGGGAUGCUUUCGCACAGCAGUUCUCCCAGUUGAUCAACUUAGCUAGACAAGGUCAUGAAGCAGAUGUUGAUUCUCCAACAGUCCCAUAUCAGCAUGCAUCAUAUAAUUCUACGCCAAACCGGUCCCAAAGAUGGCACAGCUCAGAUGACGAGAGUGAUGGUCUCAAUUUUGCUGAUUCUGUGUUUGGUGAAAUUGAAUCGAACAUUAGUUUUGGUGACGAUUGUGGGGAAUCAGAUGCUUCUCUUGAGCACCAAACCACAAUGGGAAGGGACAUUUUCAUUCAACUUGACAAUGAGAGCUACAUAAACACAGAUACAGAUAUUGAUCCUAUGAAUGCUGGACUGGAUCAGUGGGAUUCAGAUGAUCCAGAAGAUGAAGAUGAGCAGUCCGAGGAGUCUGAUUUGGAUGAAGCAGGUGACACCAUGCAGGAGCACCAGCAGCGAUGGCAUGAUAUCGACCCAAGUGGUUUGAAUGAGCAGGAAUCUGAAGAUACCGUGUGGACUUGGAGAACAGCUGGAAGCCAAGGAGUAAACAGGACUAAUUUGAGGGCAGACACAGAAGGCCGAGAAAUCAGGAGACUUUUUAUUGGGAAUCCUGGUGAUUAUGUUGAUGCAAGACAGUUCGAAAUGCUUCUUGAACAGUUUGCUGAGGAUAACAAUACCACAAGAGGAGCUCCGCCUGCAGCGACAUCUUCCGUGGAAAAUCUUCCAUCUGUGGUCAUCUCCACAAGCAAUGAGAUAAAUGGUGGUGUAACUUGUCCAGUCUGCAAAGAUGACAUGCCUAUCAAAACUAUAGCAAAGCAGCUACCAUGCAUGCAUUUAUACCAUUCAUCAUGCAUCUUGCCAUGGCUUAGUUCUAGAAAUACAUGCCCAGUUUGUCGAUAUGAGCUUCCUACAUAUGACACAGAAUAUGAGAGGUCCAAGCGUGCCACAGCCAACGAGGGAAGCAUCCAUGGGGUGGAGCGUACUCAUUUGCAGGAAACCAUUGAAGAAACUUCAUAUGAACCUGAGGUUGAAGGAAGUUCUAAUACAGUUGGUGGUACAAUGGAAGAGACUAAUACACAUGAACAUGCUGCUUAUUCUGCGCAGCAGCCAAACAGAGCACCUGGCCGCCAUAGAUGGCUGUAUAUUGCAGCAGCUCCAGUUGUAAGUCUUGCCAGUUUAGCUCUAGCACUGUGCUUCACCAACUCUGCUGGCAAUGUUAGAAGGCAACUGUACCGUAGAUCCCAGAGUACAACUGCGACACAGCAUAUAGAUACAAGAAGUUGGUGGCCUAUGUUCUAAAUAUCCAGUACAUACCUGUUGACCCAAGUCGCUGUGUGAUGGCAUAUGAUUGUUGCCAGUGUUGUGUCACUUCUAUCUGAAAAGUUUCAAGUUUAAUUUGAACUUCAAACUUUGUGUUUGCUGACGAGAUCCACCAAGGUGUUUUUGUAACCAAGUUCAGGAACAUAUAUUUUUUUUCUUCAUAACUUUGCGCAGUUCAACAAAGCACAUACUGAUGCUUGCUGCUGUUCCACUGUUACCCUGUGUUGGUAGUUUUCUUAUAUCUCUUUGCUUAGACUGUAACUGUAAGUAUGUAACUAAGACUCUUCCUCAAAGUUUGCCCAUGAAUUCUUCAGUAAGUGCCUUAAAAAAUCUGUUGUCUUGAA